AAGCUCCGGUUCCGCAGAUAGCACAACCUCAUUACUUUCCGCUUCACCUUUUCUCUGUAUAAUUGACCGUCGUAUCGCUUCAGGAGAUUCACUCGAUAUCGCAUCAUACAGACAGAUUACCAUUCCAGAACUUGGUAUAAUUCGGGAUUCCGAGCGCGGACAUCCGGUGGCUUACGAGAUCUUUUUCUAAGCAAAAGUGACUAAAAGUUCCCACGAGCUUCGCGCUUUGCAAGCAGACGGAACCACAAGUACCCGCGCUACUCUCCCUCGAAAAGAGUAUAUCAAGAGACGGCGACACCAGGCGACAGUAAUUGAACAAGAGUCAUACCCAGAAAUAUGCCUGCGGAACUUCAGAACGGGCUGCCAGCCCAUGGUACAAAUGGCGUAAACGGCAAUGCGACGCAGCUCUCAAAUCCUACACCAGCGCACCCGGCCUUCGACUCGAUACCAGAUGUCAUACAAGCCGCAGCAAACGACGAAUUCGUAAUUGUCCUUGACUCUCCCAACCGAGAGAACGAGGGCGACCUCAUAAUUGCCGCGUCCGCCCUGACACCUGCCAAAGCUUCCUUCAUGAUCCGCUACUCCAGUGGCUACAUCUGCGCACCCUUACCUGUUAGUCGCGCCGCCGCCCUGCAUCUACCGCAAAUGGUUGCCGACAACGCCGACCCUAACCGCACCGCCUACGCCGUCAGCAUUGACUCCGCAGACCCCUCUGUCACAACCGGUAUCUCUGCCCAAGACCGCAGCUUGACAUGCCGAAUGCUCGCGGACCCCAACGCCAAAGCCAGCCAUUUCAGGAGACCGGGACACAUACUGCCAUUGCAGGCAAGGGACGGUGGAGUGCGCGAACGUAGGGGACACACAGAGGCUGCUGUCGAUCUAUGCAGGUUGGCUGGUAAGCAACCCGUCGGUGUUAUCUGCGAGCUGAUCACGGACGGCGAGGAGACACCUGGCAAACCGGAGCUUGUUGGUGGAGGUAUGAUGAGAAGGGAUGAUUGUCUGGCAUUUGGAAAGAAGUGGGGGAUCAAGGUGUGCACGAUUGACGACAUGGUUCGUUACAUUGAGGAGAACGAUGGUGUGCUGGGCGCGACAUCAUAGCAUGAAGCGAGAAGAGGGAAGCGGUGGAGAUGGAAUCUUUGAAAGACGUGGAGGUUCUAAGAGUGCUUCGGGGCUUGCAACUUCUUGGAGUUCUGCGACUUGUGUUUAUGGAAGAUCUGCAAGUGCUAGGAGUCCUUCAAAACUUGACGCUCUGGAUGGCCUUAGCUCGUAUAAGACACUUGAAUCGGUCUGUUGUGGGUAGUGGAUUUUGACGCAUUUCUGGUGGGAUGCCUGCUCAACUCAUCUGGCACGGAAAAGAAAAUCCGAUAUUGUAUUAGAUACUCCAAUCCAGCGCAAGCUUUGAACAUCUGAAAACCAAAGUAGUCUGGCAUGCGUGUCAUAUUACGAGUGCUCGACAACAAAAGGACGAACCCA